AGCUUUGAGGCACACCAGGAUGAGGCGGCUAGUGUGACGCACAUGGUGAAGGCAGGCAGCGGCGUGUGGAUGGCCUUUUCCUUGGGCGCCUCCAUUCGCCUUUUCCACACAGAGACUCUUGAGCACCUCCAGGAGAUCAACAUUGCCACCCGGACCACCUUCCUCAUGCCAGGCCAGAAGCACGUCUGUGUGACCAGCUUGCUCAUCUGCCAAGGCCAGCUCUGGGUGGGCACUGACCAGGGCAUCAUUGUUUUGCUGCCUGUUCCCCGACUGGAGGGGAUCCCCAAGAUCACAGGAAAGGGCAUGGUCUCACUCAAUGGUCACUGCGGGCCAGUGGACUUCCUGGCUGUGGCCACUAGCACUCUGGCUCCAGAUAUCCUAAGGAGUGACCAGGAUGAGGCAGAGGAGGAGAAGAGUGACGGUCCCUCCCACGAGCCUCCGCCUGCCCCGGAGAGCCACCCGACCCGAGAACUGAUCCACAAAAAGGGAAUUCUCCUUCAGUACCGUCUGCGCUCCACAGCCCACCUGCCAGGACCCCUGCUCUCCGUACGUGACCCCCCAGAUCCCGAUGGCACCGCCCUGGCCCACAGCGAAGAAGAUGGCUCUAUCUACGAGAUGGCAGAUGACCCCGACGUCUGGGUCCGCAGCCGACCCUGCGCCCGUGAUGCUCACCGUAAGGAAAUCUCUUCGGUGGCCAUCAUCUCUGGAGGACAGGGCUACCGCAACUUUGGGGGCGGAAGGCCAGCUCUGGGCAGCGAGACGGACAGCACUCUGCUCAUCUGGCAGGUUCCCUUGACGAUCUAGCCCACCCCUCCCCGCGCCAACUUCACUUAUGCCUGCUCGCCUCCCACAGUGCCUCUGGGACUGGCAUCGUGCCUCCCUGGCUUCUCUGGGCGAUCAUUUCCAGUGCCCCUUCCUCUGUCUACUGUCAGCCUGGAGUCAAACCAGAACUGAAAGGAAGUCACUUCUUCACGUGCCAGCUGCUUUGUAGGGUAAAAUAAGUCUUGAGGAGCUCUCUUGGCAGAAGGGGGAGAAAACUUUUUUUUUAAAAGAAAAAACUUUCAAAGGGUGUUUAAUUUUAUUUUAUUUUUGGUUUGGGGUUCUUGGUAGGGGAGGGAAUCUUUGGAGAAAAUGUUCUUUUAAAAUAAAUAUAUAUGUGUUUUAU